UACUCUCCCUCUCUCUCGGCGGAUAACGGUGUCCAAGAAGUUAUUCGGGACCAACGCAGACAAUAGCACCCUUACACACUCGCUCUGUCUUGCGGGCUUGAAGAACAUCUAUUACAACUUAAUGCUGUCCACAUCCUGAUAUCCCCACAUCAAGAGGAAAACGCUGCUUUGAGGCUGCACCAUGGAUGAUUUGGGAGUGCCUGACCUACCUAGCUACCCUCUCAGUCCUCGUAUUGUUGUGUUUGAUGCCCUCCUUGCUGACCUGGAGAACACCAGCUCUCCUUUAGCCAGGUUCCCAGUCCUACUCACUUCUGACCCUCCGCAAACCACUGAUCCUACAUCAGCUACAUCCCAGGACGCUGCCCCGACCCGGCCGCCGCCACCAGCCUACACACCCCAGCAGACUGUUUCUGCUGCAAUGAAGUCCAACAGCUCGCAGAGCUCCAACCCAGACAAGCUGUACAGCACGGUGUGUAAGCCGCGCUCUCCCCGCACAGCGGACCCUCCUCCAGCCUUCUCCUCCUCCUCGCUGUUGGGAGGAGGUCUGAGUGAACUGGACCACCUGCUACAGGAGCUGAACGCCACCCAGUUCAAUAUCACAGAUGAGAUCCUGGCCCAGUUCCCUUCUACUAAAAAAGAUGAGAAAGACAAGAUCAAGGAUAAGGCCACAACUCCCUCCUCCAGUUCAGGAAAGCCCUCGGCAACCUCAGCCACACUGGAACUGGACAAACUCAUGGCCUCCCUGUCAGACUUCAGGGUCCAGAGCACACCAGCUGCACCUGUCACUCCAGUGGUCUCAGCGCUGCAGCAGCCAGCCACACCCCCGCAGGCCUCGUCUGGCGGCUCAUUGGACAGCAUGUUGGGGCUCCUCCAAUCAGACCUGAGCAGACAAGGAGUUCAGACGUCCUCUAAGGGCAACUGUUCGGCCUGUCAGAAGCCGGUAGUAGGACAGGUGGUGACGGCUCUGGGGAAGGUGUGGCACCCAGAGCACUUUGUGUGUACGGAGUGUGAGACAGAACUGGGCAGCCGCAACUUCUUUGAGAAGGAUGGGCGGCCAUACUGCGAGUCUGACUACUUUACCCUCUUCUCCCCCCACUGUGCACACUGCAACAAGCCCAUACUCAAUAAAAUGGUCACCGCUCUGGACAAGAACUGGCACCCGGAGUGUUUCUGUUGCGUCAAGUGCAGCCGAGCGUUUGGAGAGGAAGGUUUCCAUGACCGUGAGGGUCAGCAGUACUGCCAGCAGUGCUUCUUGACUCUAUUUGCCUCCCGCUGUCAAGGAUGCAGCCAGCCAAUUCUGGAAAACUACAUCUCAGCUCUCAACUCCCUUUGGCACCCACAGUGCUUUGUAUGCAGGGAGUGCUACAGCCCCUUCGUCAAUGGCAGUUUCUUCGAGCAUGAGGGCCAGCCGCUGUGCGAGGCCCACUACCACCAGUCACGUGGCAGUGUGUGCCAUGCCUGCCAGCAGCCCAUCCUGGGACGCUGCGUCACCGCCAUGGGUGCCAAAUUUCACCCCCACCACCUAGUGUGUCACUUCUGUCUCAAGCCCCUGAGCAAAGGCUGCUUCAAGGAGCAGGAAAACAAACCCUACUGCCACCCCUGCUUCAUCAAACUGUUUGGUUGAGCACCCACCAGGACAUUGACCUACACGUUGUCCUCCCUAUGUCACCAUGUGAAGCUGUAUGACUCAAAGCUCUCAAUCAGCCUGUUAGCUGUGGGAGGGAGAGUAGGGGUGGAGCUGGUCUCUCUUUAGGUUUGAAGUCAAGAAAAAGAGGGGAAGAAGAAGAGCAUAAAGUUAGACAACUCCGUUUAAUUCUGUUUAAUUGACACGGAGAAAAAAAGCGGAGUGCACUUAGGCUGGUAAAAAAAAAAAAAUCCAACUCCAGUAUCAGGUGGAG